AUGAAAUUUCCAAUCGAGACUCCAAGAAAACAGGUCAACUGGGAUCCUCAAGUGGCUGUUCCCUCACCAGUGCCAGCUUGUGAACCCAAGCCCAAAACUAACGGGCAUUACCCAGCUCCACGACUCUCUGUUUCCUCCCGAGCCACUGUUGUUGCUACCAUGGAAGCGCCUUCUCAAGGCCUGCAGACAGUCAUGAAGUGGAAAACAGUGGUGGCCAUCUUUGUCGUGGUGGUAGUUUACCUGGUGACAGGAGGACUCGUCUUCCGUGCCCUGGAGCAGCCCUUCGAAAGCAGGCAGAAGAACACAAUUGCGCUAGAGAAGGCUGACUUUCUUCGGGAGCAUGUUUGUGUAACCCAGCUAGAGCUGGAGACGCUGAUUCAGCAUGCUAUUGAUGCUGAUAAUGCAGGAGUCAGUCCCAUAGGAAAUUCCUCUAACAACAGCAGUCACUGGGACCUUGGAAGUGCCUUUUUCUUUGCUGGAACAGUCAUCACAACAAUAGGGUAUGGGAACAUUGCCCCAAGCACUGUUGGAGGCAAGGUUUUCUGCAUCUUGUAUGCUAUCUUUGGGAUUCCGCUGUUUGGCUUCUUGCUGGCUGGGAUUGGAGACCAACUUGGAACCAUCUUUGGGAAGGGUAUUGCAAGGGUGGAAAAAGUUUUCAGAAAGAAGCAAGUGAGUCAAACAAAGAUCCGGGUGAUCUCUACCAUCCUCUUCAUCCUGGCAGGCUGCAUUGUCUUUGUGACCAUUCCCGCAGUUAUCUUCAAGCACAUCGAGGGAUGGACAGCCUUGGAGUCCAUCUACUUUGUGGUUGUCACUCUGACUACUGUUGGCUUCGGUGACUUUGUAGCAGGAGGAAAUGCUGACAUCCAUUACCGGGAGUGGUAUAAACCCUUAGUGUGGUUCUGGAUCCUUGUUGGCCUUGCCUAUUUUGCUGCUGUCCUGAGUAUGAUUGGAGACUGGUUAAGAGUCCUGUCCAAGAAGACAAAAGAAGAGGUUGGAGAAAUAAAAGCCCACGCAGCGGAGUGGAAAGCGAACGUGACGGCUGAGUUCAGAGAGACACGGAGGCGGCUCAGCGUGGAGAUCCAUGACAAACUUCAGCGGGCAGCCACCAUCCGGAGCAUGGAGCGCAGGCGCCUGGGCCUGGACCAGCGAGCCCACUCCUUAGACAUGCUCUCUCCAGAGAAGCGCUCUGUCUUUACUGCCUUGGAAACAGGACGCUUCAAGGCCUCAUCUCAGGAAAGCAUCAACAAUAGGCCUAACAACCUGCGCCUUAAAGGGUCAGAUCAGCUCAACAAGCACGGGCAGGGGGCAUCUGAGGACAACAUCAUUAACAAGUUUGGAUCAUCUGCUAAGAUGACCAAAAGGAAAAACAAAGACCUCAAAAAGACCAUCCCCGAGGAUGUACGUAAAAUUUACGAGACCUUCCGAAACUACUCCUUGGAUGAAGAAAAAAAGGAAGAGGAGACGGAGAAGAUGUGUAAUUCUGAGCACUCUUCUAGCACUGCAGUCCUGACCAACUGCAUCCAGCAGCACUCAGACAUGGAGAAUGGAGUGAUCCCCAAUGAAACCAAAGAAAGGGAACAUGAAAACAAAGCGUUACUUGAAGACAGAAAUUAAAUGUAAAAGAUGCUUGACUUGAAUUAACAAUGUUAGUGUUUUUAUAUACAUAUAUAUAUUGAGACACGUGCCUUAUACAGACUCCUUAUUCAGUCUGAAUUAUAUAGCAUCGAAGAAUAUUUCACUGUGCCAUAAAGACUCAAGCUUGCUCUGCCAAAACAAAUCAGGAACACAGCACUGCAGAAUGGCAACAGAAAGCUACACACAUGGAAAUUUCAGCCUGUGUAAGAUUACCAGGGCAAGACACAAAGGAAGAGAUUGAACCAUGGCAAUAUCACCAGAGUGCUCCUACCACGGCAUAAUAUUAGACAAAGGGCAGCUAUGUAAGAAGAGCCUUUGAAAGGGAUGAAAAAGCAUGUAUCUUUGUGAUGGAGUGUGCAUCCAUAAAGCCUUCCCCUGGUGAUGAAAAAGAGGAGAAAUGAUUGGAGUGAACUAGAAACUUUCAGUAAGGCUUAGUUUA